AUGGAAAGCCGAAGAUCUUCUGUUCUCCACAGAGUGGUCAAUUUUGCUCCUGAUCCACUCCCUGCCAGGCAAUAUGACAGGCAAACCACUGAACCAAUCAGCUUCUACCUCUCUGGAUUGGAAGAGCUGCUUGCUUGGAAACCCACCAAGGAUGAUGCUUUCAAUGUGUCUACUGAACCAUUGGCUAAACGCCAGCCCCCUCUUGACAGCCACCGGCCCCGUACACUGGUCUGCCAUGACAUGAGGGGAGGCUAUCUUGAAGACAGGUUCAUCCAAGGCGCAAAGGUACGUGACCCUUACGUGUUUUACCACUGGUGCUACAUUGACAUUUUUGUUUACUUCAGUCAUCACUUGGUCACCAUCCCCCCAGUGGUGUGGACUAACGCUGCUCACCGCAACGGCGUCCUCAUGCUAGGAACGUUCAUCACAGAGUGGAUAGAGGGGGAGAAGAUGUGCGAAUCGUUUCUGGCAGGCGAGGAGGAAGCCUACCUUGCAGUGGCUAAGCAGCUGGCUGCAAUCGCAGAAUUUUAUCGUUUUGAUGGCUGGUUGGUCAACAUUGAAAACUCUUUGCAUGUUUCGGCAGCUCAGAAGAUGCCCCAUUUCUUACAACAACUGACAGCCGAGGUGCACAGACUGGUACCUGGAGGACAAGUGUUGUGGUAUGACAGUGUCCUGAAGAGUGGAGAACUCAAGUGGCAGAACGAGCUCAAUGAACAAAACAAAGUUUAUUUUGAUGUUUGUGAUGGCUUCUUCACCAAUUACAACUGGAGAGAGGAACAUCUGCUGCGAACUAGAGAGGCAGCCAGUAGCCGGCAGACUGACGUCUAUGUGGGGGUUGAUGUGUUUGGACGAGGCGAUGUUGUGGGCAGCGGCUUUGAUACCAAGAAGUCACUGCAGAUGAUUCGAGAGCAGGGUCUUUCGGUAGCCCUCUUCGCACCUGGCUGGGUAUACGAGCACCUGGGCCCAAGAGACUUCCUGAACAACGAGGAUAAAUUCUGGGCCCUGCUGUCACAACUACUAUCUAUUCACCACAUCGUCUCCCUCCCCUUUUGCACCAGCUUCAACCUGGGUGUGGGUAAUCGGCACUUCAGUCAUGGACAGGAGACAAGGACGGAGCCGUGGUACAACCUAAGUGCUCAAGAGAUCCAGCCAAUAUAUGCCAGCCACAGAAUGCCUGACAGGGGCUGGGUGCGGACCCGGUGCUGCCUGCAGGAAGCCUGGUGUGGAGGCAGCUCCUUGCUGCUGGAGGGGGCCAUCCCAGCCAAGGCUGAGGACGUCACAACCAGGCUAUUCUCAUUCCAGAUGCCAGCACCCUCGCGGUUAUUCCUGGUCUUGAUUUUUAAACACGAUUACCGCCUUCAAGCCACGGCUCUGGCACCAUUGCUCACCACCCGAGAAUCAUGGUCACGCCCUGACAGGGGGGCAUCUACUUUAUCAGCAGAACCAACACGACAUACGCCCUCCCUGCUUCAUACGCCUCCUCCUGGCCUCACCCGGUUCCUCAGAGGAUGUGAGCAGCGUGGGGAACAUGGCUGGCAAAAUCGAUGUUAUGAAUUGGAGCUUCGGAAUUGCUUCCUGGAUGAACUCUCCCUCACUGUGUCCCGUCGUCAACCGGGACGGGAGGAGAUGCCCUUCACAUGCCGCCUGGGCAAGAUCUGGGUGCUGGAUGCUGCCUCCCUGUCCACUCCCAAUGAAACCAGUUCCAUGUUGCCCAUGGAUGCCUCCCAUGUCCACUGGCACCGUCCUUCAGCCGAGCACCUCUCUGUCAGUUUCACUUUGAGCUGGACUUAUCCUUCCAGCAAGGCCACCUGCUUCCGUGUGCAUCACCGGAGCGGUUCGUGUGUCAGAGACUCUGAACCGCCUCUUCUCCUGCUUGGGGAAGCACAUGGCUGCCUGUACCGCGUGACUCAGCUAGCAGUGCCUAACCCUCAAACUGUGUCCUCAUGCCGCCUGGAGCUCCUGGUGGAGCCAGUCCCUAAUGAUGGGAGCAACGUUGAUUCUGCCAUGUGGGGAAAACUCACCUUUGUGUACUCUAACCCAAAGCUACCAGUGAACGCUGCCACACUUCCUCCACACCCACACCCUGGCCCGUGAACAUAACAUAGACAGAAGCUUCACCCAUCAUAAACUAAGGCUAAGAGGUGCACAAGGUGACAUCCUUUUAAUAAAGCCUGU